UGCCCCUGUGGGUGAGCACCGGCACCGGAUCUGCAGCAGGGACAGAGCGCGUGGCGGAGAUGGAUCUCCCGCCUGUGCAAAUGGCCCUCGCCUCAUUGAGAGCAAUGAAGCACGGGGAAUUUAGGCUAAAUGAGGAGCUGGCGUGCUGCUCUGAAUACGAAGUCAGCAGCAAAGCCGACGGGUAUCCGGCCUCGCUGAGCACUUUAUGUAUGGGUGCGUAUAUCGGGGGGAGGUCUGUGUGCGCACACAGGGUGCGUUGGAGAGGUUGCAGCAGUCUUGCCAGUGUUACAGAAUAAAGUAUGAAGAAUUUCUUACGACCAGCCAAUGCCACCUAAGGAAUCAAUCAGUGAGCAGCAGCAAAAUGUCAGGGUUUGCUCAUAGCCAGGUUUUCCCUUGGGUGCCUGCUGGGGACGAGCGGGAGCAGAGGUGCCCAUAGCCUGGUGGGGUCUCAGGGGCAUCUGCAGCAGCUCCUGCCCAGUUCUCACAGCUUUGUGUGAGGAGGAGGUUUGGAAAAUCAGGCUGGAAGAAUCUUGGUGACCUGCCUGGGGUCGGGUAGGAGCCCUGAGCUGUGGUCUGAUAGGGUGGUGAAAAGCGCAGGAGCAGCUCCCCAGUCUCAUGGGGUGAUUAAUUUUGGUUACGUGCUAAUUUAAAGAAGGGCAAGCUGAGUUGCUACGGACUGGAAAAGCCACGUUAGGUUGGUAUUGUGGCAGAUUUGCACCCUGUGGCCAGUGCUGGGCGUGGGGCUGACCCCAGGACCUCCAGGAUGGAAACAGGGAGCCGGGAAAUCCUGAAGCCAUUCCCCAAGCCGGCGGCUGAGGUGCCGUGGGGCUGAGCUUGUCGGGCACGAGCCGGGGCUCUGCGUCCUCAGGCGGAAAAUGAGGCCGACUGGUUCAGCCAUGAGAAAUGCCACCCAGGCAAAAAUCAUUAUCGGCGGGGCCCAGCGGUGCUCGGCGAGGCGCCGUGCCGCAUGCAAAGCGCCGCGGUGCUGCUGAGGGAGCCAGCCCUGGGAAGUUUGUGCUGAGCUCCCUGUUUAGAGAAGAAGUCAAAUCUGCGUCUGGGAGCUCUGCCUCGGCUGUAAUAACCCGUCAGUUGUGUAGCAGCUGUGAAAUGACUGGCUUUACAGGCUGCCAGCGAGGAGUUUUUGGAUAUAUCUGUGAAACCAGGCUCGCGGACGCUGUCAAACGUCGCCUCCCUUUAUGUCUGGCAGGGCACUUGGGUUGUGUGUGUGUUUUUUUUUUAGGAUGCAGCCAGGUCAGAAAAGGUUUCCCCUUGUUUCCAUCCCCCUUAAGGCUGGGUUGGAGACACGAAGAGGGGUCAGCCGGUGAUGCUGGCUGGGCAGCCUUGAGGAGGAUGCUUGAAGAGAGCAUCCCGGCCCCAUCCAGCAAGCUGCCUGCAGCUGGAGGCCUCCAAGGGGCACAGGUUGGGACCUAGGAAAUAAAAGCAUGUCCCGAAUCGAGGUAAACAGAGCCGUGAUUGUUCGGAGCCCGGUGGCUCCCAACAGCUGUGAUCGAAUAUCACGAGGGCUGUGCGCUGCUCUUCUACAUCAAAGAGGGGAGGAGGGGGAGGAAAGGGCACAAAGUCCCCGUUUGCUGGGUGAGGAGCCACGCUGGUAGGCAGCUGACAAAAACAGGGGAUGAGAUGAUGGCAGAGACCUGGCAGGGGCUGCAGCGGAGAAGGACACGUGCCCUGGGGACAGAAGUGUCUGCUUGUGACGAGAGCUGAUUGGAAAAUGGAUUUUAGUCUGGUAGAAAGCAGCAGGCUUGUGCUGCCACACAUCAAAAGCAUCUCCUAAAAUGUUUCCAGGAGAGGCAGUUACGCUCACCAGCAGAGCCUUUUAGCAGGAAACCUGCCCGUGCCAAGAAGGGCACUGCCCCUGGUGCUCCAGCCCUGCUUUGGGGGCUUUGGGGGCACGGGCAGGAGGAGCGUGGCCAUGGGGUUGCCUGGGUCUCAGUUGGUCUCUCUGAGCACGGCAUGAAGCAGCACCUCCGGCACAUCUUGGGGGCAGCAGGGCUGUUGUGGGUGCUGUAGCGAUGUGAAGCUGAAGCACAGGCUUGGGCACAGUCAUGCAGAAAGCAAAACGUGCUGCUGGGAGCUGUAAGCGUGGCUGGCUUGGCCCCAAAGGACCCUUGGGCGAUGCUCUCUCUCCUGCCCCUGCCAUCGGGGGCAGGAAAAGCCACGGUCCCCACCGUGCCCUCUCCAAAAAGUCAGGACUUAGCCGUAAGGACUCCCUCCUCUCUCUCCUCGCAGAUCACGCCAUGGCGAGCCUGUAUCCCUUCUGGCACAACGACACGAGGACACCCAAAGUCGAUGAUGGAAGCUCUCCCGAGAUCAAGCUCUCCAUCCCGUUCAUCUUUUUUGGAGCCCCGUACAGAAGCGUUUAUGUCAACAACAACGGCGUGAUCUCCUUCAACGCCCUGGUCAGCCAGUUCACCCCGGAGGCCUUCCCCCUGACAGACGGCCGGGCCUUCGUCGCGCCCUUUUGGGCAGACGUGCACAACGGCAUCCGCGGGGAGAUCUACUACAGGGAGAGCACGGACCCCGAGCUGCUGAGGAGAGCCUCCAAAGACAUCCGCAAGCACUUCAAGGACAUGUCCUCUUUCUCUGCCACCUGGGUCUUCAUCGUCACCUGGGAGGAGGUCACUUUCUACGGAGGGAGCAGCACGACGCCGGUGAACACUUUUCAAGCUGUGCUGAUCACCGACGGGGUGUCGUCCUUUGCCAUAUUUAACUACCAGGAAAUCAGCUGGACCACGGGGACGGCCAGCGGAGGGGAUCCCCUGACCGGGCUCGGCGGGGUGAUGGCCCAGGCUGGCUUCAACGGUGGAAACGUCACCAACUUCUUCAGCAUCCCAGGCUCCAGAACCCCAGACAUAGUCAAUAUAGAGGAAACGACCAACGUUAAUGUGCCUGGGCGCUGGGCUUUCAAAAUAGAUGGCAGAGAAAUAGACCCGGCCAACGGCUGCAGCCUGAGAGGACAGUUUCUCCGUCAAGGGGAAAUCUUCUGGGACAACUCAAACUGCACCACCAAGUGCCGCUGCCUGGACUUCAACAAUGAGAUCUUCUGCCAGGAGGUGGCUUGUGGCCCCUUUGAAGAGUGCGAACCAAAGAUCAAGUUCUUCCAGUGCGUGCCGGUGGAGAGCAGCACCUGCGUGGUGUUCGGAGAUCCGCACUACCACACCUUCGACGGCUUCCUCUUUCACUUCCAGGGUUCCUGCUCCUACCUCCUCGCCAGGCAGUGCUGGCCAGGCUCCCAGCUGCCCUACUUCAACGUGGAGGCCAAGAACGAGAACCGAGGCGGCUCCUCCGUCUCCUGGCUGAGGGACAUUUUUGUGGAGGUCUACUCACACAAGAUCGUCCUCCCCAAGGGCAGCUUUGGGAAAGCAAAGGUGGAUGACUUGGUGGUGUCCUUACCCAUCUCCCUGGAGCUGGGAGCAAUAAAAGUCUACCAAAGUGGCUUGUCCACAGCUCUGGAGACCGAUUUUGGCUUACUAGUGACUUACGAUGGGCAACACUAUGCCUCCGUCUCCGUUCCUGGCACGUACAUCAACGGCACGUGCGGUCUCUGUGGGAAUUACAACAAAGACCCCGAGGACGACAUCCUGCGCUCGGACGGGAGGUUGGCCGUGUCUGUGCCAGAGCUGGGCGAGAGCUGGCAAGUACCUCACCCCGAGAGAAAGUGCUUACCCGGCUGCGUGGAGAACUGCAGCAUCUGUGACGCCACCACCGAGUCCUUGUAUUUCUCCCCCGAAUAUUGUGGCUUCAUCAACAAGAGCGGCGGGCCGCUGUGGGAGUGUGGUGCCGUGGUGGACCCCACCGCCUUCGUCCACAGCUGCGUCUACGACCUGUGCAGUGCACGGGAUAACGGCACCGGGCUGUGCCAAGCCGUGCAGGCGUACGCCGCGGUGUGCCAAGCCCUGGGCAUCCCGGUGGGAGAGUGGCGCACCCAGGCGGGAUGCGCAGAGGCCGUGCGGUGCCCGGAGCACAGCCACUACUCGGUGUGUGCCAGCAGCUGCCCUGCCUCCUGCUCGGACCUGACGGCCCCACUGUCCUGCACCUCCCCGUGUGCUGAGGGCUGCGAGUGUGACGAGGGCCAUGUCCUCAGCGCCGACCACUGCAUCCCCGUGCAAAAGUGUGGCUGCGACGUGGACGGCCGGUACUACGCCGUCGGGGAGUCUUUUUGGGCCACGGCGGACUGCACGGUGGAAUGCCAGUGCGAGGAUGGUGGGGAGGCCAAGUGCUUCAACAUCACCUGCCCCGAAGGAGAGGUCUGCACUAUAGAGAACGGCUACCGGGGCUGCUACCCCAAGCGGGAGAGCCUGUGCCUGGUGGGGCAGAACCAGGUGCUGCAGACGUUUGACGGCGUCGCCUUCCCCUAUCCGCUGGAGCACUCCUACACGCUGCUCAAAACCUGUGCGGAGAGGCCAGACUUCAUCGAGGUGGACAUCAGCCAAAAGAAGCCAGGAUACGUUCCCAAUGGGCUGCGUGUUGUGCGGAUCCAGGUGGUUGGCCAAGAGGUGAAGGUCGGAGGAACCAGCCUGUCGGAGGUCAAGGUGAAUGGUUACGACGUGGAGCUGCCAUAUUUCCACCCUUCUGGCCGCCUGGAGAUCUACCGUAACGACAACGGCACCGUGACGGAGGCAGAGGGACUGCUGAGCAUCGGCUACUACAACUCGGGGCUCCUGGAGAUCCGCCUCUCCACCGCCUACUUCAACUGUACCGGGGGCUUGUGUGGCUUCUUCAACGGCAACAGCAGCGACGAGUUCUGCCUGCCCAAGGGCAAGUGCACGGACAACCUGGAGCUCUUCCUGGAGAGCUGGACCACGUUCGACGAGAUCUGCAACGGGGAGUGCGGGGACCUCCUCAAGGCGUGCAACAACGACUCGGAGCUGCUCAAGUCCUACAGGAGCCGCUCCAACUGCGGCAUCAUCAACGACCCCACCAACAGCUCCUUCCUGGAGUGUCACAGCGUGGUCAAUGUCUCGGCAUACUACAGGACGUGUCUCUUCCGCCUGUGCCAGAGCGGAGGCAACCAGUCGGAGCUGUGCGACGCCGUGGCGCGCUACGCUGGUGCCUGCAAGAACGCCGAGGUGGAUGUGGGCCAGUGGAGGAGCCACAGCUUUUGCCCCCUCGCAUGCCCUGAAAACAGCCACUUUGAGGAGUGCAUGAGCUGCGUGGAGACCUGCGAGACGCUGGCCACGGGCCCCGUCUGCACGGACACCUGCACAGAGGGCUGCCAGUGUGACGAGGGCUUCGCCCUCCGCGGCUCCCGCUGCGUUCCCCGCGGCGAGUGCGGCUGCAACUUCGAGGGCCGUCAGCUGGCCACCAACCAGACCUUCUGGAUGGACAUCUCCUGCCACUUCCUCUGCUACUGCAACGGCUCGGACAACAGCGUGUACUGCGAGAACGUCUCCUGCAAGGACGACGAGUAUUGCCUGGAGGAGAACGGCCUCUACUACUGCCAUGUCCGCACGGACGCCUCCUGCAUCGUCUCCGGCUACGGGCACUACCUGACAUUUGACGGCUACUCUUUUGACUUCCAGAGCAGCUGUGCCCUGGUCCUGUGCACCACCAUCUCCCGGCCACGGGCCGAGAGGUCGGACACUUUCCCCACGUUCACCGUCACGGCCAAGAAUGAGGACCGGGACACCUCCCUGGCCCUGUGGGUGAAGCAAGUGGAAGUGGAGGUCUUCAACUACAACAUCGUCAUCCACCGCGCCUACAAAUACACCGUGAUGAUCAACAACGAGCGGCUCUACCUGCCCCUGAAGCUGGGCCAGGGCAAAGUGAACAUCUUCGCCUUCGGCUUCCACAUCGUGGUCGAGACCGACUUUGGGCUGAAGGUGGUGUACGACUGGAAGACCUUCCUCUCCGUCACCAUCCCACGCAGCUUCCAGAACCUGACCUACGGCCUCUGUGGCCGCUACAACGGCAACCCCGAGGAUGACCUGGUGGCCGCGGGUGGCAUGCCAGCGUUUGGUGUCACCGACUUCGUCCAGAGCUGGGCAAAGCGGGACACCUUCUGCCGGGUGGGCUGCGGUGACCGCUGCCCUGCUUGCGGGAAGGUGGAAGGUUUCUGGAAGCCCCAGCAGCUCUGCAGCCUCAUCCCCAGCCAAAGCGGUGUCUUUGCCAAGUGCCACAGCAAGAUCAGCCCCAGCUUCUUCUACAAGAACUGCCUCUUCGACACGUGUGUCGAUGGGGGGGCCAUGCAAACGGCCUGUGGCUGGCUGCAGAAUUAUGCCAGCACGUGCCAAACGCAGGGCAUCGCCGUCACCGGCUGGAGGAACUUCACCUCGUGCUCCGUCAGCUGUCCCCCCAACAGCCACUACGAGAGCUGCGUGUCCCUGUGCCAGCCGCGCUGUGCCGCCAUCCGGCUCAAGAGCGACUGCAGCCACUACUGCGUGGAGGGCUGCCAGUGCGACCCCGGCUACGUCCUGAACGGCAAGAGCUGCAUCCUGCCCCAGAACUGUGGCUGUUACUCCGAUGGAAAAUACUAUGAGCCCAAGCAGCUCUUCUGGAACGGGGACUGCACGCGGCGGUGCCGCUGCUUCCGACGGAACCUGAUCCAGUGCGACCCGCGGCACUGCAAAUCGGACGAGGAGUGCGCCUCACGCAACGGCGUCCGCGGCUGCUUCAGCACCCGCAGCUCCUUCUGCCUGGCCGCGGGCGGCGGCGUCUUCCGCACCUUCGACGGCGCCUUCCUCCGCUUCCCCGCCAACUGCGCCUUCGUGCUCUCCACCAUCUGCCAGAAGCUGCCCGACUUCUCCUUCCAGCUCAUCAUCAACUUCGACAAGUGGUCCUCGCCCAACCUCACCGUCAUCUCCCCCGUGUACUUCUACAUCAACGAGGAGCAGAUCCUCAUCAAUGAUAGGAACACCGUCAAGGUGAACGGCAGCCACGUGAGCAUCCCCUUCAUCACGGGGCUUUCCACCAAGAUCUACAGCCAGGAAGGCUUCCUGGUCAUCGACUCCGGCCCCGACAUCCAGAUCCGCUACAACGGCUUCAACGUCAUCAAGAUCACCAUCGGCGAGCGGCUGCAGAACAAGGUGUGCGGCCUCUGCGGCAACUUCAACGGCGACCCAGCAGAUGACUACGCCACGCUGCGGGGCAAACCCGUGGUCAGCAGCGUGCUGCUGGCGCAGAGCUGGAAGACCAACGGCAUGCAGAAGAGCUGCAACGAGCUGCAGUACUCCCAGUACGCCGCGUCCUGCGACAACGUCCGCAUCCAGAAGCUGCAGAGCGACAGCUACUGCCUGAAGCUGACCGACAUGAAAGGCUUCUUCCAGCCCUGCUACGGCCUCCUGGACCCGCUGCCCUUCUACGAGUCCUGCUUUCUGGACGGCUGCUACAACCACAAGAAGGUGCAGCUGUGCGGCUCACUGGCCGCCUACGGCGAGGCGUGCCGCACCUUCGGCAUCCUGGGCACCGAGUGGAUCGAGAAGGAGAAUUGCUCAGGAGUGGUGGAAGACCCCUGCGCGGGCGCCGAUUGCCCCAACCGGAGCUGCGAGCUGGAUGACGGCGGGGAGCUGUGCGGCUGCGUCGAGCCCCCACCCUACGGGAACAACACCCACGACAUCAUCGACGCGGAGGUGACCUGCAAAGCCGCCCAGAUGGAGGUGUCCAUCUCCAAGUGCAAACUCUUCCAGCUGGGCUUCGAGCGUGAGGGCGUGCGAGUCAACGACCGCCACUGCCCCGGCAUCGAGGGCGAGGACUUCAUCUCCUUCCAGAUCAACAACACCAAGGGCAACUGCGGCAACCUGGUGCAGUCUAACAGCACGCACAUCGUGUACAAGAACACGGUGUGGAUCGAAAGCGCCAACAACACAGGCAACAUCAUCACCCGGGACCGGACCAUCAACGUGGAGUUCUCCUGUGCCUACGAGCUGGACAUCAAGAUCUCCCUGGACUCGGUCGUGCGGCCGAUGCUAAGCGUGAUUAACCUGACCGUGCCGACGCAGGAAGGGAGCUUCACGACCAAGAUGGCCCUGUACAAGAACUCCUCCUACAAGCACCCGUACCGGCAGGGGGAAGUCGUGCUGACCACGCGGGAUGUGCUCUACGUGGGGGUCUUCGUGGUCGGGGCCGACUCCAACCACCUGAUCCUGAUGCUGAACAAGUGCUACGCGACCCCCUCGCGGGACAGCAACGACAAGCUGCGCUACUUCAUCAUCGAGGGAGGGUGCCAAAACAUGAAGGACAACACCAUCGGCAUAGAGGAGAAUGGGGUGUCCCUGACCUGUCGCUUCCAUGUCACCGUCUUCAAGUUCAUUGGGGACUACGACGAAGUCCACCUGCACUGCGCCGUCUCGCUCUGCGACUCAGAGAAAUACUCCUGCAAGAUAAACUGCCCCCAGCACCGGCGGUCAGCCAGCGCCUUCGCCCAGGAGGCCCACGAGCAGAUCCUCUCGGUGGGACCCAUUCGGAGGAAGCGAUCAGACUGGUGCGAGGACAACGGCGGCUGCGAGCAGAUCUGCACGAGCCAAGCGGACGGGCCGCUGUGCAGCUGCGUGACGGGGACACUGCAAGGGGACGGCAAGAGCUGCAGGGCCUCCAGCUCUUCGGGGGAUGUCCGAGCCCGAGCGAGCCUUGUGGUGGUGGCACAGCUGUGGCUGUGGCUGUGCGUGGCUCCGCGGGACCCGACCUCGUAGGUGCGGCUCUGCUGCCCGGCCAAGUACUGUUCUCGCGUCAGCCUGAGUCUCUGUAGGGUAGGAGCCAGCACCCCCAGCAGCGAGCCUGCCACCGGCCUGGCAGGAGAGGGACUCGACCUGGAGAGUGGACGGAUGAGCACCUGGAUGGGCAUCGGAGGCACCGUGAUGGCAGAGCUGGAUGCGUGUCAGGAUGGAUGUGGGACUUGGUUUUUCCUUUGCAGCUUUUCCCAGGCUCUCUUUUGUAGCACCCCAUCCCCAGCACCCCUGUUAGUGGAGCAGGAUGGGCUCAGACGCAUGCACUUGCAUGUGUCCUUGCCCUCAGAGGGGCUCCCCAGGGAGCAGGACGCAUCGGUGAAGCACUCGGAUCCAGCCAGAGGUAGGUGUUUUGGUGCAGGUGAUGGACCAGAGGAGCACGUUUGGAUCAGAGGACAUCAGCACACCUCAGGAGCACGGCACCUGGUGGCUCUCCCGAGAGGGGAGCCAUCAGGGUGCAUGGUGGAGAGCCAAGUGUGUUCCUGGGGUUUUGGGGAACCCAGAUGUACGUGGUGGCCUGUCCUGAUGCGUGGGGAGAGGCCACGGGGGUGAGCCUGAGAAAAGAGGGCUGGAGCCAAGUCCUCUCGUCGUGGUCAGAGCCGUCACGGUGUCUUUUGAGGGGAGGCAGCAAGGUCGGGGGCUGCCCACCCAGGACGGCACCAGGCAGGUGGUGGGCUCGGGGGGCCGGCUGGCGCAGGGUGGGGGCUGUUUCUG